UUCAUGGGAUUCCACAAUAUGGCUGUAUAUAAUCUGCUGCUCUUCACCUUGGUCCUUAUUAUAUACAUUUUGACAAUAUGUGGCAACUUGUUGAUCAUCAUACUGGUGAACUAUGGCAAGACCCUUCAUUCUCCCAUGUACUUCUUCCUUUCCCAACUCUCUGUAUCUGACAUUAUGCUGACCACAGAUAUUGCUCCUAACAUGUUAAAUAUUGUUCUACACGAGAGGACCCCCAUAUCCUUUUCUGGUUGCAUCACUCAAUAUUAUGUCUUUGGCACAAUAGAAACAUUUGAAUGUUUCCUUCUGACAGUGAUGUCCUAUGACCGCUAUCUAGCCAUCUGCUCUCCUCUGCAUUAUACCUCCAUUAUGAAACACACACUUUGCAUUCAAUUAGUUCUUGCAUCCUGGCUUUUGAGCUGUUCUAUGGUAUUCAUUUUUACACUUGGUUUAUGUGAACUAGAAUUCUGUGGACCAAAUGUUAUUGACCAUUUCUAUUGUGAUUUAAAUCCUCUUCUGGAACUUUCUUGUUCCGAUACAUCCAAAGUUCAAAUGGAAGCCACCUUGUUGUGUGUCCCUGUGAUAGUAUUACCCUUCCUUCUGAUAGUAGUUUCAUAUACUUAUAUUGUUGUAACUCUGUUAAAUAUUUCCUCCUUUUCAGGAAGACUGAAAUCCUUUUCCACGUGUAGCUCCCAUCUCAUUGUUGUGUUUCUAUUUUACGGAACCCUAAUUGCCAUGUAUCUGAUUCCAAAGAAAGGGCAGUUACGAACCACCAGUAAGAUAAUGUCCUUGUUGUACACGGUUUUUACUCCCUUUGUAAAUCCUUUCAUUUACAGCUUGAGAAAUAAAGACAUUAAAGAAAUUGUAAAAAAAAUUGUGUAUAUAAGAAAAAGCUAA